ACAAUAAACAUCAAGCAGAAUGUGAUGAUAAAGCAGAUACAAAAACCAAUGAUUCUGCUGUAGUAUCUCCAAAAUGUCCCUUUGGAUAUGAUUCUCAUACAUUUAAGCUGGGUCCUCUAAGCUGCAUGAUUUGCCAGGCAUUGCUUUAUCAAAGUAGCAAGUGCUUGCCCUGCGCCCAUAAAUUCUGCAAAGCAUGCAUCUCUCGCUUUAAGGAUUGUCCAUUGUGUGGUGCUGACAUAGAGAAGAUUGAGGCUGACACCGAUCUUCAGGUCACUGUUGAUCGCUUCAUUAAUGGCCAUGCUAGAAUCAAGAGAGUGAAUGCAGAUGGGCAAGAAGUAGAUGGACAGAAAAAUGUGAUAUAUGGGGAUGUUUCUAUGGAGAGGGGGGCUUUUCUACUGCAACAAGCUAUGAGGGCUCUCCGUGCGCAGAAUAUGGAAAGUGCAAAAUCAAGGCUUAGUCUUUGUGCAGCAGAUAUCCGGGAACAAUUACAGACAUCAGACAACACAUCAGAGUUAUGUUCACAACUUGGGGCUGUCCUAGGAAUGCUGGGGGACUGCUGUCGAGCAAUGGGUGAUACUGGUUCAGCAGUUACUUGUUAUGAAGAGAGUGUUGAAUUCCUUUCAAAGUUGCCUGCAGAAGAUCUGGAGUUGAUACACACACUAUCAGUUUCAUUGAAUAAAAUUGGAGAUCUUCGGUAUUAUGAUGGAGACCUAAAGUCUGCAAAAGCUUAUUAUAAACAAUCUUUGGAUGUUCGUCGAAAUGCAGUCAAAGAGCAUCCUAAUGUAUCUUCCCAGGUUGUUGAUCUUGCAGUUUCUCUUGCCAAAGUUGCCGAUGUGGAUAGGAGUCUUGGCAGUGAGGAUGUGGCGGUUGAUGGAUUUCAGGAAGCCAUAGAAUGCCUAGAAUCUCUGAAGUUGGAUUCCAACGAAGCUGGUUUAGAGCAACGGCGUUGCUCGGUUCUUGAUUUCUUGCACGGCCAGCUUGCCGACAAACACACCCCCGUCUCCGAUUCUUCUGUCUGAGGAGGCUGCGAAGGACACGAGUGAUGCAUCAUGAACCUCUGGAUCUGCACGAUCAUGGUAAUGAAUAGCAUGCAGACACGGGAUAUAUAAACUAUACGCACAUUCUCUGCUGUGUUUCCUAUCUGGCACAUAAUAACUUGCCACACAUGGUGAGUGUCUAUUGAAGUGAUAUUAAGCAUGUUCUACAUGGUCAUUUAGAACAAUCACAUCCCUAGGGCCUGGUAUGGUAGCCUUGUGUCAUGUACCUAUUGAAGUGAUAUUAAGCAUACGCCCUUGUCCUUUGCCGGAUUUUUCAUUGUAAAUGUACCAAAUACAUAAAGGCCACUUAUGACUUAGCCUUUGUAUUUAUAAUGUACUUGAUUGUGUCUUGAUCUGCCAGAAAAUAAUACCAGACCUGCAGCAACGAAGUCUUGAAUCAA